CAAUUGCAUUUCCCCCCCCCACACACACACACACACACGCGCCAGUUGAUGGAAGUAAUGUUCUGUGUGGUGCUUCACUGUAGUGUCAGGAACACAACAGACUGCCGGCAGGGUGUCAGACAGACCAGAAUGGCAUCUCUUGGCGCUGACAGCUGCGAAACACAGAGGCGUGAUGCAUGACCAAGUACCCAGAGGCCACUCCCAGUGUUUGUGUGCACAGCUUAUGUUAGGAGGAACACAACAGACUGCCGGCAGGGUGUCAGACAGACCAGAAUGGCAUCUCUUGGCGCUGACAGCUGCGAAACACAGAGGCGUGAUGCAUGACCAAGUACCCAGAUGCCACUCCCAGUGUUUGUGUGCACAGCUUAUGUUAGGAGGAACACAACAGACUGCCGGCAGGGUGUCAGACAGACCAGAAUGGCAUCUCUUGGCGCUGACAGCUGCGAAACACAGAGGCGUGAUGCAUGACCAAGUACCCAGAUGCCACUCCCAGUGUUUGUGUGCACAGCUUAUGUUAGGAGGAACACAACAGACUGCCGGCAGGGUGUCAGACAGACCAGAAUGGCAUCUCUUGGCGCUGACAGCUGCGAAACACAGAGGCGUGAUGCAUGACCAAGUACCCAGAGGCCACUCCCAGUGUUUGUGUGCACAGCUUAUGUUAGGAGGAACACAACAGACUGCCGGCAGGGUGUCAGACAGACCAGAAUGGCAUCUCUUGGCGCUGACAGCUGCGAAACACAGAGGCGUGAUGCAUGACCAAGUACCCAGAGGCCACUCCCAGUGUUUGUGUGCACAGCUUAUGUUAGGAGGAACACAACAGACUGCCGGCAGGGUGUCAGACAGACCAGAGUGGCAUCUCUUGGCGCUGACAGCUGCGAAACACAGAGGCGUGAUGCAUGACCAAGUACCCAGAGGCCACUCCCAGUGUUUGUGUGCACAGCUUAUGUUAGGAGGAACACAACAGACUGCCGGCAGGGUGUCAGACAGACCAGAAUGGCAUCUCUUGGCGCUGACAGCUGCGAAACACAGAGGCGUGAUGCAUGACCAAGUACCCAGAGGCCACUCCCAGUGUUUGUGUGCACAGCUUAUGUUAGGAGAAAUUCCAGUGACACGUCCAGGAUCCAGACACUGGGUGGGAACCAGUCAUCUAAGGAAGCAGGAUGCCAUGGCUUUGCCAAUCAGCAGAGAGGGGGUGGAGGAAGGAACAAACAGGCUCAUGUGCCUCUGCUUCAUCCUCUUACAAAGACCUGUUCCCUGUUGUGUGCUGCCGGGAUUCAUGUCACCAGAGCCACAGAAUAGCUUGUGAUACCUUCCUCCAGUCAUCUGCACGGACUUCACCAAACACCUCCAGCCGCUGAUAGAGACACCAAAUUGGGGUGCUGCCAAGUAUUAUAUUGUGGACAUAAAAGGGACCUGACGUUGUACAUGUGUGAGAUAUUGGGUAACAAAUCUGGAUUGCCUCUUGGAACUACAUUGACCGCUGAACAUUACACAAGCCAAUGUGAUGGAGUGAGAGGGUGGCACGUGAUGCUUUAAUGAAAAGAAAUUAAGUUGAAGAGAAACUGAGGAGCUUCAGGGCCCUCAUUUGUUAAUGUUGACCCCUCUGGCCAUGACACACUCACUUAUGCCCAAAUUGUACCUGCUUUAGCAAGUCAAUUGAUGUUUCUUAGGUUUCACAAGCAUUUAUAUGUGAAGAAGAUAAAGAGCCCCAUCACGAUUAAUCAGUGCAUUGACCGAUGAUUCCUCACAUACUGUUCCUGGCUCCUGGUUUGUAAUAGGAGGACAUCACUUCAAUUAGAAAACUUGGAUUCCACGCUCUAGCAGUCUUCAGAUAACGUCCAUCAUCCAGCGAAUCCUUAGACAUAUGGAGGAGGCAACAUCUUGCUGACUAUCAUCUGGAGAACUUACCAUCCCCUCACCUUUUGCUGGGUGAUCUCUAGUUCCAUCCAGUCUAAUUACUACUCCCUGCUUUGGCAAGAUGAUGGUGAACGAGAUUUCAGACUUGGCUUCUCCAUCCGCCCUAGGGGUGGUUACAGCCACCUGUGUGUCUAAGGUGGAGCUCAGAGUGUGCUGCAAGAACCUGCUGGACAGAGACACUCUCAACAAGUCUGACCCUUGUGUCCUGCUGCUCAUGCAGUCUCAGGGCCAAUGGAUGGAGGUGGAUCGGACAGAAGUGAUCAAAAGCAAUUUGAAUCCAGUCUUCUCCAAAGUCUUUACCGUGGAUUAUUAUUUUGAGGAGGUCCAGAAACUGCGCUUUGAGGCGUAUGACAUCCAUGGACAUUGCAGCAUUGGAUCAAGAGACGAUGACUUCCUUGGCGGUGUGGAAAUUACGCUUGGACAGAUUGUUGCACAGAAAAGAAUCACCAAAGGCCUGUUCUUGAAAUACGGAAAAUAUGCUGGAAAAUCCGCCAUAACGGUAAUUUCUGAAGAGAUAUCUGGAAAUAAUGGAUAUGUGGAACUGGCCUUCUGCGCCCGGAAACUGGAUGACAAGGACCUAUUUAGCAAAUCCGAUCCAUUUCUGGAAAUCUACAGAGUGAAUGAUGACCAAAGCGAGCAGCUGGUGUACAGGACAGAGGUCAUUAAAAAUAACCUGAAUCCAGUGUGGGAGCCAUUUAAGGUGUCUCUGAGUUCUCUGUGCUGCUGUGAGGAGAAAAGGAAACUGAGGUGCCUAGUCUGGGAUUAUGACUCCCGUGGAAAACAUGAUUUUAUUGGAGAGUUUUAUGCAACCUUUGAAGAGAUGCAGAAAGGAAUCGGUGGGAACAAGGUGCAGUGGGACUGUGUGAAUCCAAAGUACAAAAUAAAAAAGAGGAAUUACAAAAACUCCGGAGUGGUUAUACUGUCUGAUCUAAAGAUACACAGGGUUUAUUCCUUCCUAGAUUAUAUCAUGGGUGGAUGUCAAAUUCACUUUACAGUGGCCAUAGACUUUACAGCCUCCAAUGGAGACCCCCGAAAUAGUUGCUCCCUCCAUUACAUUAACCCCUACCAGCCAAAUGAGUAUUUAAAGGCCUUAGUCGCUGUGGGAGAAAUCUGCCAAGACUAUGACAGUGAUAAGAGAUUUUCUGCCCUGGGAUUUGGUGCACGCAUUCCUCCGAAAUAUGAGGUUUCCCAUGAUUUUGCUAUCAACUUCAACCCUGAUGACGAUGAAUGUGAAGGGAUUCAGGGCAUAGUGGAGUCUUACCAGAAUUGCCUCCCCAAAAUUCAGCUGUAUGGACCCACAAACGUGGCACCUAUCAUAUCCAGGGUGGCACGACUGGCAGCAGAGGAAGAGAGGACCAAAGAAGCUUCGAAAUAUUACAUUCUCCUCAUCCUCACGGACGGAGUGGUAACAGACAUGGCGGACACCAGGGAGGCUAUUGUGCGGGCAUCUUAUUUGCCCAUGUCCAUUAUCAUCGUGGGUGUCGGGAAUGCAGACUUUACCGACAUGCAGAUUCUGGAUGGGGAUGACGGGAUACUGCGAGCGCCCAAAGGGGAACCUGUCCUCCGUGACAUUGUCCAGUUUGUGCCAUUUCGAGAAUUCAAAAACGCUUCGCCAGCUGCCCUGGCAAAGUGUGUCCUGGCCGAAGUGCCAAAACAAGUGGUAGAGUAUUACAGCUACAAAGUCUUCCCCCCUCGCUGCCCAAAAGUAGACUCCCCGGACUCUGCUCUCAACUCUCCACAAUGAGCACAGUCGUCUGCUCAGCUCCUCAAUGUCCCUUUAGCUCCUUCCCACCCAUCCUCGGAAAGACAAAAAAGCUUGUAGCCCACAGUGUACCAACCGUCAUCGAAUGCCUUUCACGCGUGCCAGGUAGACCCAUUCAGCCACUGAGACAUGAACUGCUGCUGGAUUCACUCCUGCCAUUCCCCAUUCCUCCUAUCAGUGCUGGACAAUGACCGCUAAAGACUGCCAGGGCGCUGACCUCAUGAUACCAAUGCAUCGGAAUAGCACAUGGUCAACAGUGGUGCCUGGUGUCAGUAGUGCAACUGGUCGCACGUUGUUCAUAUUGUGUGUAUUCUAGGGUUCUGCCUCUGUCCUGCACGUCAUGCCUGGGGAGGCACUGAAUGUAAUUUUAUGUAGACAAAAAAAGAAUGACGGUGGGAAGAGAGUGGUAGACACCAAGCUGUCAUUAUUGGAACCAUGAGUUCCGUUCCUAUACUGUAAGUGCCGUCAUUGGGGUAUGAAGGGAG